AUGAGAUCAGAUACAGAAAAUAAAGAGAACGAUAUUGAUAUCACUCAAAAUAAUAAUAAUAAUAAUAAUGCUUUAACAAAAGUAACAAGAUCAUUCUCUGGUAGAAAGAGAUCAAAUAGUACAAAUUCAAAUAUAGAUACAACAACAACAAACAAUGAUAGUGAAGAUCAUAAUGAUGAUGACAAUGAUAAUAAUAAUAAUAAUAAUAUUAAUAGAUCAUUAUCACCUCCAUCUACAAAAGUGAUUAUUCGUUUAAGUAAAAGGAAAUUAAUUAGAGAGUCAUUAAAGAAAGAUCAUUAUCCAAUCUAUGACGAGACUAAUCAUGAUGAAGAAGAAGAAGAGGAGGAAGAGGAACAUGGAGAGGAGGAAGAAGAACAUGAAGAACAUGAAGAAGAGGAAGAAGAGCAAGAAGUAUAUGAAGGAGAAGAAGAACAUGGGGAGGAGGAGGAAGAAGAACAUGAAGAAGAGGAAGAAGAAGUAGUUGAUUCAAAAGUAGAAAAGAGAUUCAAUCUUAGACCUAGAGUUAAUCUAAAGAGACUGUUUAAUACCGAUGAAGACGAUGAAGAAGAGGAAGAACAAGAAUAUUAUAGUAAUAGAUCAACACGAAGACAAUCAAGUACAAGAAGAAAUCAACAACAACAACAGCAAGAGCAUCAACAACAACAAACACUUAGUAAAAGAUAUAUUAGACCAAAGGUUGAAGAAGAAGAAGAAGACGAAGUUUUUCAAGCUGCAGUUACUACGAGAGCGGGUAGACUGAUAAAAAGACCGAGAUAUCUUAUAGAGGAAGAUAUUGAAGAAGAUGUAAGAUCAUCCAGACAACAAUCUUCACCAACUUCUACAUCUAGGAGACAACAACAUCAACAUCAACAACAUUCACCACAACAAUCAGAACCACAACCUUCAUUUAGAUCAAAGAGAUUACAACAGCAACAACAGAGAAAGAGAGUUGAUUUCGACGAAGAGGAAGCAGAUGAUCAAGAACAUCAUCAUCAACAACAGCAACAGCAACAACAACCAAAUUUAACAUCAAUCAAAACAAGAAGAUCUUUGGAUUUAUCAAAUGUAGAUGUAUCCAGCUUCCUCAAUCGAAACAAAAAGUCAACCGCCAAACAUUCUUCAAUACAAGAUAUAAAUGAUCAACUGCAACAACAACAAUCUCACAACUUACUUUCACCUUCGAAGAAACAACAACAACUGCUUGCAACUAGUAAAGAUGAUAUUGAUAUUGUUGGAAGUGGAUCAGUUAAUACAGAUGAUAUAAAUAGUAAUGAUAACACUACAGCUACAAAUACGACUUCGACUACUUCUACUUCUUCAACAACAGCAACGACAUCAACGGCAACGACACCAUCUCCGGCAAAAGGAGGAGCAUCAAGAUCAAGAUAUAAAAGUACAGGAUUGGAAAUGGAAUUACCACCUAUCAAUUCGCGGCGUGUAAGAACACCAACGAGCAGAUAUAUGGUAACGGAUUACACUAGGACAACACCGGCUCGAUCGAAACCACUGCCCGUUCCACAUCGUUGGCGAAACAAUCAAAACACAUCGAAUAGCAAUGUUGUUGAUUCCGACGACGAUGACAAUGAUAAUAUCGAUAACUUUCAACCACUUGCUAGUAAUAAUAUUAACAAGAGGAAUACAACAACAACUGCUACUACAUCAUCAAAUAGCAAUGCUCCACUUCCAAUCAAUCUCAAUGAUACUGAACCACUGGGUGUUGAUACCAGUACAACUUUCAACUCUGUCGGUGGAUUGGAUACUCACAUCCGACUGCUCAAGGAGAUGCUCAUACUCCCGCUGGUCUACCCAGAGGUAUUCUCAAAGUUUAAGAUUCAACCGCCGAAAGGCGUGUUGUUCUACGGUCCGCCAGGAACCGGUAAGACUUUGUUGGCGCGUGCACUCGUCAAUGAGUGCAAUUUGCGUGGCGGACAAAAAGUAUCGUUCUUUAUGAGAAAAGGUGCCGAUUGUCUGAGUAAAUGGGUUGGUGAAGCGGAGCGUCAACUGCGAAUGCUCUUUGAACAAGCGAAAUCGAUGCAACCCUCUAUUAUAUUUUUCGAUGAAAUCGAUGGAUUGGCACCGGUGCGUUCGUCGCGCCAAGACCAUAUUCACAGCAGCAUGGUAUCUACGCUGCUCGCGCUGAUGGACGGUCUCGACAAUCGUGGACAGGUCGUGGUGAUUGGCGCGACCAACCGAAUCGACUCGAUAGAUCCGGCACUCCGCCGACCUGGCCGAUUCGAUCGUGAACUGCUCUUCACGCUCCCCAAUAAAGAGGCGCGAAGAAAGAUACUUUCGAUCCACACUGAGAAGUGGGAGCCGGCGCCCGACCACGACACGAUCGACAGCAUAGCGGAUCGCGCAGCCGGCUAUUGUGGCGCGGACAUCAAGUCGUUGGCAAGCGAAGCAGUGCUUGUAUCUCUCAGAAAAACCUAUCCACAGAUCUACCAGACCGCCGACAAACUGGCGCUGAACAUCGAUACUAUUCGCGUCGGAAAAUCCGAGUUUGUCGAAGCGAUGCAAACCAUUGUGCCGAGCUCGAAGCGAUCGGUCCAAUCGUUUGCCAAUCCACUGUCGCCAUCGACCAAACCACUAUUACAACCAAGUCUAGAACAAGCACUUCAUUUAGUUGAUUCAAUAUUUCCAUUUCUCCAACAGCAACAGCAACAACAAACAACCUCCAAGUCUGCAACGCCAACCAGCGUUUAUCGUCCGAGAAUGUUAAUCUGUGGAGAUCAAGGACUUGGUCAAAUAUUGAUUGGCAAUGCGAUAUUAUAUCAGUUGGAGGAGUUCCCAUCGUUUAGUAUCGAUAUUUGUUCGCUGCUGGCCGAUCCCGUUGCCAAGUCUAUUGACGAAUCUUGCAGUCGCACUCUGACAGAAGCCAAGAAGGUAAGUCCGAGCGUGCUCUAUCUUCCAAACAUCGAUCGAUGGUGGGAAACCUCUGACUCACUUGUACAUACACUCCUGACCUAUCUCAACAACAUCGAUGCCAAUCAACCGCUAUUCAUCAUCGCUACCAUCGAACAACCGAUCGAUGAGAUACCUCACGCGAUUUCAGUGCUCUUCCAAUGUAGAGAUGAUAGUAUACUUGAAAUAGAUUAUCCAAAUCAAGAAACAUUGAGAAACUACUUUAAAAAUCAAUUGUUAGAUAUUAAAGAAGCUAUUUAUCAAUUUGCGUUGAGUAAACAUAUUACAAAGAAAGUUUUAGUUCAACUACCUGUUGUCCCGAAUACCAAUGAGGAAAAGAGAGAUAUCAAAAGAGAUAAUCAACUACUUAGACAACUUAGAAUUUUAUUAAGAGAGGUAUUGGCAAAGAUUAUCUAUGAUAGAAAGUUCUAUACAUUCUUUAAAGAUGUUAGUAUUCAACAAUAUCCAGAAUAUUAUGAAUUGAUAAAGAAUCCGAUGAGUGUAUCUUCUAUCUCCAAUAACUUGGAGAAUCAUAAAUACACGACGGUAUCGUCAUUCCUCUCGGAUAUCGAUUUGAUUGUUAUCAAUACUAUCGAGUACUACCAGGUGCAUGAUCCCAAUGGAAUCGACGGUGCUAAAGCGAUAUCGAGAGCGAAGCAACUCCAAGACGAAGUCUAUGCCAUGGUCGAUCAAAUCGAUCCGACACUCAUAUCGACCUGUGAGAAUAUCACGCUCAAGCGAGCGAGCGAUGCCAAUCAUGGAAAACCACCAAUGAAUAAUCAUACAGACUAUGGUACAACUGUUAGAGAAAGAGAUAACAACAAUAAUAAUAGCAAUAACAAUGAUACAGCUACUCAACAAGAUCAACAAAAUAACAACAACAACAGUUUUAAACUAUUCACAAGAAGUGCAAGACUUAGAGGAGAAGGUUCUGAAAUCACCAAAGAAAUGAUGGAUUCAUUUAUGAAACCUAUUAGAAGAAAGAAACACUCCUCAGAUGCAAAUAAUAACAGUAGCAACAAUAACAACAGCAACAGUAAUGCAACUUCACCUAUUUUAAAUAACACAAGCUUACCAACAACUCCAACCACUCCACACGUGGAAGAUCAUCAAGAUAACCAAGAUCAUCAUGACAACGAUAAUAAUAGCAGUGUUGAUGAAAUAACAAAACACAUUGAUAUAGAUCACGAAGAUGAUAACAACAAUAGCAACAAUAACAACAAUAAUAAGGAAGAAAAUAAUAAUAUUAAUAAUAAUCAUGUAAAUGAAGAGAAUGGUAGUAAAGAAACUAUGGAUAUAGAUAUGAAUUCAAUUGAUAAUGAUGAUCAUGAAACUACUAGUGCAACAACAACAACAACAACAACUACUACUACUACUACAACUACAACAACAAAUCAAAAUGGUCAUACUGACAAUAACAAUAAUAACGAUAAUAAUAAUAAUGUAGAUAAUGAAGAUAAUAAUAAUAAUAGUGUAGUGGUUGAAACAGAAGAAAUAGUGAUGGAUGAAAAUAUAGAGUGGUAUAGAACUGUAAAUAGUGAGGUAGAAGAAGAUUUUAUUCAGAAAAUGGUCGGGUUGGCUCAUAACAAAACAAUUGAAAAUCUGUUGUGUCACCAAUCGAAAUCAUUUGAUAUUAAAAUGAUUUAUCAUCAAAUGGGAUAUAGAAAACUCUCUAGAGAGACAGCACAUAGAAUGUUGAUGUUGAGAACAAUGGUUACACAGUUGAUUCAACACGAACGUAUCAAGACUACUCUACCAAAGGCAAAAGAGUUGACCAGAAUGGCAGAUAAAAUCAUUACAAUCGCAAAGAGAAACACACGUGUUGCACACAAGUUGGCAUACGGUAUGGUGACCGACCGUCAGGUGCUACCAAAGUUGUUCAAGCAGUUGCGACUUCGUUUCUUGGAGCGUCCAGGUGGAUACACUCGUGUCUUGAAAUGCGGAUUCAGACCGGCCGACAAGGCACCGAUGGCUUACAUCGAGUACGUAGAGAACGACCUCACUCCACUCCGUGACCACAAGGCAAACAACGCCAAGUUUGGAAUGGUCGUAGAGGACGUCGAACAAGGCAAAAAGUUUAGCUUCACCGAGAAAGCCACGGGAAGAGUAUUGUCAUCGGCUAUCUCACUCAACAACCGUUUGAAAAAAACAGAAUUAUUUAGCAAAGAACAAGAACAACUGGAAAAGAAGAAAUUAAUUGAAGAUUUAAAGAAAUCAGUAUAA